AUGCUGGGAAACCUGCGAUACCUGGUCGGUUUCAUGUUGAUCAUCCUUUUGUUUGGCAUUUGGACACAGCGGAACUUGAAGCCGCUCCUCUACAGCGAGCUUGCGGCCAAGUACAGCGAAUCUUCCUGGUACUGUGACGAUCUGUACUUCAGUGUGAUAAGGCGGCAAGCGCUAACGUCUGCCGGACGCACACCCGGUUAUUACUCUUCCGGGGUGCUUCCGCUGUUCGAUCCAUCGGCCAACGUUAGCUUCCAUCUGUUUACCCGACAGAAUCCAGCAGCGAGCCAAUCGCUGGUACCGACCGAAGAGUCGCUCCGAGAGAGCCACUUCAACGGUUCUAAACCGACCCGAGUGAUCGUGCACGGAUUCUGCAACUGUCAGCACUCCGCGUUCUGCAACAACGUGAAGGAUGCGCUGCUCUACGCAAACGACGUCAACAUUAUUACGAUCGACUGGAGCAAUGCCGGAGGGCUGCUGGAUUACGUGCUGCUACGAUUGCGCCUCGAUCAGGUGGCAAGGUCAAUGGCCGAAUUCAUCGACUUCUUACACAAUUCCACGGAACUGGAGCUGUCGGAUCUAUCACUGAUCGGGCACAGCCUAGGGGCACAUUUGGCCGGUUUGAGCGGCAAGCGACUGACGAGCGGUAAGGCAGGAGCAAUAUUCGGGCUUGACCCUGCGGGGCCCCUCUUUUCCAGUGCCGACCCUUCGGCACGGUUGGCGAGCACGGAUGCGGACUACGUCGAGGUCAUACACACAAACGGUGGCGCACUAGGCAUAUACGAUCCGAUCGGAACGGCCGAUUUCUACCCGAACGGGGGACAGCACCAGCCGGGAUGUCUGCCGUGGAUAUUUGGAAUGAGUUGCUCGCACGGCCGUGCCUGGGAGCUGUACGCAGAGUCCGUUUACUCGCCGACGGGAUUUAGUGCUGUGCCCUGCGACAAUAUGCAGCAAAUCGAAGGGAGCGUCUGCCGGAUAGACUUGCCAAAGGUGGACAUGGGCGGUGAGCCGGUGAACAAUAGCAAGGCCGGAAUAUUCGUGCUAACGACCAACAGUCAGUACCCGUACGCCCAAGGUUGA